GCAGGCGCUGAUGGCAUUGGAGCCAGAUGAGAAAGGCGAGAGGCGAGCCCCUCCGAGAGCGCGUCAGCAUCGCCUCAAAUAGAAAUCUGCCGCUUCCACUUGUGUUCUCAACCCGCGACACGGACCGCUGCAGCCCCAAAACAACCAGCACAAUCCCAGCUCCAGUCUACAUGACAUGCAGCUGCGCCCACAUGUGAUGCCAAGCGCGAGGGACGAGGGGAGGCUGUGAGGAGACCGGAGACCGACGCUUUGCAAAGAAUGAUAGAGUGGACCAAGGAGACGCACUGUCCCAGGAGAACUCAUCCUAAGAGCUGGUCGUGAAAAGACAGUGAUGCUCCUCUAACGCACUGGGAGGUGCUCUCCAUGCAGAUGGUAGUGCUUCUCCUGUGAUGUGCCACAAUAGGGUAAUAAAAUGAUCAAUCUCCAUGGAGACAAGCAGGUUUUCAGACGCUGAGACCUGAGAGUUUGUGGUGCAAGAAGCAAAAUGAGUGACAAUGACAUCAGUGAAAAUGAAGACACCAACCAGUGGGAUUCUCCUUUCAAGAACCUGCUGCUUCUGGGAGCCAUUGCUGCUGCCUCGGCAUUCGUCGUCACAAUUCUUAUCGUCCUGGUCUGUGUUGGCUGCCAGAGGAAAAGCAAGAGCAAGCAUCCCCCCGCAGGAGAAAAGGGGACGUCUGUGAAUAUGCAAGGGACUCUUCGGCAUCCUAAACUGAACUCAAUGAGCAAAUCCGACACCAGGCUGCAUGAGAUUAAUCGUUUUCCUUGCAAUGGAAACUCAGUCAGUAAAAGUCGACCCGCCAGCAUGGAUCUCCUGCUGCUUCACAGUCGCCGCUCCCAGACGGACUUGAGACCCUCGCAUGGCCGUCAGCUCCCCCAGAUCCCCACUAGCCCCCCUGGAAGUGGCCAGGACAGUGGGGGAGAGACGGGGGGAGACCCAGAGACAGGACUAGGGGUUGGUGGAGGUGGAGGAGAGCCUAGAGACCUUCACACCUACACAGAGGUGGGAGUGAGGAACAACCCCACCCCGACCCACGCCCUUGAUGACGGCCUGUACGAGACCGUGGGGGUGAGGGAGGGCGAGGCAGGUCACAAGGUCCCCUCUGCCCCGCCCUCCAUACUGUCCAACUCCCCAGCGUCUGUCCGAGCAGCACAGAGCCCCCCUGCACAGGCCAAUGGAGCACGAGGAGGGAAUGCUUUUGGAAAUAAUGGCAGAGGGAAUGGCAGAAUAAAUGGUGGCAAUGGGACAAUACCAGGACGAGGUAAUAAUCACGGCAUGAACAGAUCUCCUCUGUCCUCUGUCAGCUCUCUGACAAAUCAAGAGCCAGGAGGAGUGGAGUAUGCUUCUGUGCGCAAGUUCAGAAAGCAGGUUGAAAAGGCGAGCAGGAAGGAAAAUAAUGGCGGCGAUAGCCAGUCAGACCAGUCCAGUGUGAGCGACUCUCCCUCUGCUCCUCCGCUCCAUCGCAGUCAGGAGUUUCCACGCAAACCACUCGAGCCAUUUCACAUACACUCAUUCCCCAAGGAGGCUGUGUUCAUGGGCAAUGGGGAGCAGUACAUCUGGAAGCCCCCUGAGGAUGACGACAUUAUCACCCUGCACCCACCACCACACCGCGGAGACAACGGACAGGGACACCCGCCACCCCCAACCGCAAAGGAGAUUGCAGAGACCUACUCCAUUGUGUGUAAGAACCAGAGAAAGAAGCCUCCAAUGGAAAACAAUGGUGCUAAAACCCUCCCGCGCUCAUUUGGUGGGGGCAGAGGGAAAGGCAGAGGUGUGCAGGUGCAAGCCCGGUCCCAGGAAGAGCCCUGCUAUGAACCAGUAGGCUCCUGGUCCACCUGUGCUACUGCUGAAUCCGACCCGUCAUACGCCACCAUCGACAGUCACCGGAAACGUGAGCAGUCACCUGGCAACAAUAAUAGCUCGGCGGGAGGUAGUGCUACUCUGAAGAGGAAGAAACCACAGCAACAGCAAGCAGCCCUCCCAGCAGCUGCUCCAGCUCAGGGCUCCGGACCAUCCUCUCUGCCUGUCAGAGGCCUGCCCGGUGGGGAACACUUCUAUGAAAGCAUCAGUGACGUGAAAGCAGGGGCCAACAGCGCCAGUACUACCACCAUCUUCACUUUCAAUGAUGGCAUGGAGAUGUAUGUGACCGGACUGUAGCUGCAGGGUACAGAAGAUGAACAAGCCAAGGGUUAAAAGUACAGGGCCGAGGGAGGGGCAUCUCUGUUUACUGUACAUAAGAUUGAAGACCCAGAUAAACUGUUUGAAGAUCCAUUGCAUUGACAUCAGGUACAAACAGGGUCUAAUCCAGGUUCGAACUUCUCCUCUCUGGCCUGUAUUUCAGCGUCAGCAUAGACCAACCCAUGUGUGGACCAAAAAUUUAUCAAAAAAUAUAGCAAAACAAAGAUGAAAAAAUGAAAAUGGAAAUAUACAUGUUACUUACUGUGUGAUACUUGUGUGUGCACCAUUUUCCAUAAUAAUUUUAUUUUUAUAUUAACACUGUGCUCUGAAAGGGUAAAUAGUGUAAACAUGAGAAAAAAAUGAAGUCAAUCAAAAAUGUGCAUGCAAUGUGCAAAACACAACACACAGUGGAUUGUGAUGGACAGUAGAAAUGACACUGGCUACAUAAGCAGCAAAAGGCACACCUUUGUAUCCCACACAAACAAGCACACACAUAUCCUUAUACUUGUGGGUAUUUAUGUAAUAAACCCAGCUGACGACACGGAGAUUUGUGGUUCUUAACUUUAACUAAACAAACAUGAAACAGGUUUUGUGAGCAAAGGCCUAUUGGCCAGUGGAUGCCUUUGACAGGCUUUGUUUAGACUUUAGUCUGUAAUACCUGUUAAACAUAGGGUUAUUCAAGGCAAUUGUCCCGUUUAACAAACCCCUUUGUGUCCCUUAAUGUUUAACUAAUCCAGAGUUUCUUUGAGUUGCUAUUGUAUCUUAAAAUAAUUCAUAAAAGCACAUCUAAUGGCAAUUUGAACAAAGGCACACGUCUUAACAUUUGGUUGUCCAGUAAUUUCUUCAUUAUAUAAUUUCUCAUCAGGAAACAUCGACUGUAACAGACAAACAAGUAAAUAUGUCAAUGAACAGAAUUAUUAUAAAAUAUUUUAGAUCUACAUUGUUCAUUUAUUUGGUUAUCUGGAUUUCAUUAUCUCUGUAUAAAUAUUGCUAUAUUGCAUCGAACAGUUUCAGAACAGUUUGUGCUUAAUUGUAUCAUGUUACGUAAGGGCAUUUCCAGACUAAUUUGGACUCAUUCUGCACGCGUUGUUCCAAUAGCAACAAGAGGUUUGCAGUCCAAGGGAAAUACAGUUGUAGUCAAAGAAAUAGACAGCAAGUGUCCUUUGGAUGCUCAAACUCCACAGUGCUUUCAGUCACUACCAAAUUCUCUUCACAAUGACAAACAAUAUCUGUCUAUAAGAAAAAAUGUAAAGAUUGAGGUUUACCAAAAACACAUCUUACUGUGAGUCAAUUCACCAUGUACAAAGAAAAUGGGUUUUGAAAAGGCCAGUCACUUACAUAUACGUCACCAACAGUAAGAAAGUAUUUUAAAUAAUGCACACUGUAGUUUAAUGCACUGUUCCUUAGUUUGCAGAUGUUUUCUUUGGUUAAAGAGCUCAUGCCACUGCCAUGGGAACAAUAUGUUGUUUGUGCAAUUUUGCUUGAUCAAAAAGUGCAUGCUUUAAUAUAUGGAGAAAAACAUUGUUGUAUUUAACUGAUCUUGUUAUAAUGUAUUUUUGAGUUGUACUCUUUUGCCAUGUAAUGCAAAGCUAUGAGAUAUGAAGAUUGUAUACAAGCAUAUUCUCAGCAGCAAAUGGGCCAUAGGUGGAUAAAAUGAUGGCUAAAGUAAAAGCUAUAAGUUACAAUAACCGAUUGUGGGAACACAUACACAACUCCUCAUUUGGUGUUCAUCUUCCAUCCUCUGUUGCCUGCCUCCCCCUCACUCCUGGUGUACAACGUCAUUUGAUGUCCAGCCAGUGGGACGUAGGGGUCUUACGGGUGCUGAAUACAGGAGCAGACAUACCGGGCCAAUCCCAUACUCAACCAUUCACUUACAGCUCAACUACUGCCUGAUAAAAAAAAAAGUCUUAAGUUCUAUACAGUAGGCUAUGUAUCAUUGGUCUCUCUCACUUUGUGUCACACUCUUAAUUCCAGAAGGUUAUGAUAUGUUUUGUUCAGUACUGAGAACAACAGAUGUUUAUUGCACAAUAAUGAAGCAGUAUGAAGAUGUAAAUGUGUAAAAUAUUCUGUUGCUGUUCUAAUGUUGUUCAAUGUAACAUACAGUAAACAGUAUAUUUGUUCUACAAUGAUGGUUAUCACAGACACAUUGUACUUUGUGGAUGCAAAACUUUGUCAUGCUUUCCAUGCAGAUAGCCUACAGAUAAUGUUUGUUCAUAGUCUUUUAUGGGCCAGUUCUGCUGUGACAGCUGUAGCCAAUGUUGUAUGUUUAUGAAGCACAGGGUUUACUUCAAAAGAAUAAAUAUAUGAACAUAUAGUGUGA